AUGUUCCAAGAGAUUAUUCCAAUGAUGGACAGUUAUAAUACCUCACAAACACUUAUUCGACAAUUAGAUACACGAUUAAGCGAUAUUGUUAAAGAGGGUUGUAGGAAUUUGAAUUUGAUUGACAGCGCUAUAUCCUGUAUGGCUGAAAUUCAAUUAAAGUUUUUACAAAAUGAGGAGCAACCGAGCAUUUGUCGACUUUUCAUCGUUUCUUACAGUUUAAUAUCUUAAAAAACAAAAACCUGAAUUGAAACUUGAUGAACGAGGUAAUAAUUCGACAUCGUCUACGUCUAAUAUUUUUGAAGAUAAACUUCGAAUACUAUGCCAUGCACUAUAUUCAAUUGGAUCGAUGUGCCGUUACUUUGAUUUUGAUAUUCUUUUAAAAAAUGAACAAAGGGACCUUUUUAUUGAUAU